GAAAUCCAAGUUCUAACGUUCUAGUGUAUUAAAAAACUGGAUAACUGAUUUCUGUCAUCUUGUUGCUUUUUGUAAUAGUUGACUGAUGGUGCGCAACCUCCAAUGGAAUGCCUGUAAUUUGAAAGCCAGAUUAUGUUGAUGUACUAUAAACUGUUGGUACUGAAAUUUUCGAGGCAGAACAUAAGUUGAUGAAAUAUGCGUCGUCUUGAUUUCCCUGAAAUAGUACAACACGGAGACCCACGAUCCCCUGCAGUAAAUGCAAUACUUGAUCUGUAGCAGCUCACGACUAGGACGGAUAAUAUAAUAAUAAGCCUUAUUUCCGACUGAUCUUGCCGAUUUCGCCCCACCUAAUGUGGAACUUUAUCACGGUGUUCAGUAUUCUCUUGUGGAUUCUUUUCUGCCUAAACGGUGGACAGUCGUUGUCCUGUAACAGAUGCGAUUUCGGUACAAACAAGUACCAGUGCGUGAAACUGACUGACGACACAGUGGAAGUCUGCCCAGCACAAAUUAGAACAUGCGUAGUUGGAACUGGCGUGGAAAAGAUUCGGGGGAAAUGGAGUCCUAUAAUGAACAGGAGAUGCUCUAAUACGGGAAAUGAAUUUCCACACGACCCCGAAGCAUUUGAUGCCGUAGCAGUACCCAAUGGAGAAAAAAUAUUCUGUACGAAGCUUCAGCGCAAGAUCACUGGACCAGAUGGUCAGCCACUAUCUGAUGUACGUUGUAUCUGUACCGAGGACAAAUGCAAUGCGAUGGUCUGGGAUGACGCGAUGCAGCUGCCUACUAUACCAAGAAGACCGAGUGGCAAAUACACACCAGCCGACAAGCCAAUCCGCGAACCAUUGGGGAACAACUCCUUAGCCAAUACGGAGAAAAUUUUUACUGACAACCCUCCCAGUGGAAACAUUUCAGUCAAUCCAGGCCCAGGGGAUCCUGGUUCUGAAGACGGUAAAACUCCUAACAGCAACAGCUUCAGUACAACGAAAGCCGGGAAUGCAUCGAAUACCGAUACCAGCGACGCCCCGGCAGCUGAAAGUGGUAAUGGAAAGGUUUCAGGCGGCACCGGCGGCUCUAACACCGGUUUAAUCGCUGGGGUUGUCGCCGGAUUAUUGGCCUUGCUUGCCGCAGCCGGUGGCGGUCUGUGGUGGUUUCUGGCUCAAAGGAAGAAGAAAAAAAAGAAAAAGGGAAGCGAUGACUCCGGUGAUAGUAAUGACAGUGAAGAGAGUGGUGGUAGCGGUGGCGACGAAUAGCCCGGCAUCGAAUUGUGGGAAAACAGAGAUCGCUCAAGCCAAAACCGAGCCACAGAUUAUCUUCGUAGUUGCGGAAGUUCGCUGUACGAGCGGUGUUGAGUGCUUCGGAUUGUUCUGUUAUUUAUAAAGGCAGUUUUUAGACAGCUCUCCCAGUAUAAAUAUAUAUGAUUUCACGGUAAUCAGUGUCACAAUCAGGUGUGGUAAUGCACCCGUAGUUUGGUUGUUCGCUUGCCAUUUGCAUCAGCAGCAGUGCUAGCCCAGGUUGAUCUUAAGAAAGAGAGCCACCACUAAUCGUAUACUCUCAGUUUUUACUUGUCCUUAUUGCAGCUGGAUGUACUACUGUAAUAACACUUACCCAACAAAAUUAGUAUUUUUAUACCAUGUGACUACUAUUCCGCUAUUCAUUUUUACUCACUCGGCCGCCCGGCCAGGACGGUGUUUGAGAUUUUGUUCACGCUUAGCUUUGAAUGCUGUUAUUACUCACUCUCUGAAGGUUUUUCCGGAAAAGGAACCCUCCUGUGGGUCAAGGGAAUUGACCAUAUAAAUCGCAUAUACCUGUACAACCGACCACUGUAUGUCUUUG